ACCAAGUCGGUCCGUGUCCCCGUGUUAUUUAAAGCCAGAGAUCCUCCCUCUCGCCGAGCCACUGUGUUGCAUCUGUCUGCCUCGCCGCUUGUGUGUCUGGGUGCGUGUGUGGAUGAGAGUGCGCUAAAAAACCCAGGCAGCCAGUGGGAGAGCUAGAGAGCGAGGGAGAGAGGCACGGGGGAAAGGCAAAAAUCAUCCAAGAAGGGAGAAGGAACGGGAGUGUGAGACAGCUAUGAAAUUCAUCCAAGCUAUUUGCUUACUGCUUCUCUGUCCAGCUCUGAGCCUCAAUACCAGACAAAGUUACGAUGGGCUGGAAAAGAAGCUAAAGGAAGUCUUCACUGAACGAAGCAGCAUUCUGCACCAGCUCUCCAAGACUUCAAAGGAACUGGACAGCAUAAAAGGCAACCUUCAGUCGCUGAAAAAUGAUGACACAGUAGCCAAGAAAGAUGUGCAGAGGAUUUUGGAGCUGAGCCACAAACAGAGAGAGGAGAUGAAGUCCCUCCAGGCAGCCUUGCAGAAGCAGCUGGAUGAGGCAAAUGAGAAAGCGGAGAAGCAGCAGGCCACGAUUAAAUUUCUUAAAGUGGAGAUGGAGAAAAAAACCAAAAUCAUCAAGGAUUUACAGCAAGAGAACAAGAGCUUGAAAAACAAGCUGCUCUCGGGGAACAAACUUUGUGAUGCCUAUGCUGAGGAGUCCAAAAAAAUCCAGGCUCAACUGAAAGAACUGCGGUACGGGAAAAAGGAUUUAAUUUUUAAGGGGCAGCAGCUAAUGGACUUGGAACACAAGUUAACUGUGGCCAAGGAAGAACUGGAGAAGACUGCGCUGGAUAAGGAGUCUCAGAUGAAGGCGUUGAAGGACACAGUUCACAUCUGCUUCUCAGCCGUCCUGCACAACCAGCCCAGCAGCAGUCACAGAUUUCCCACCUCCCCCACCCACUUGUUCAGAUACUCAUCGCUCAUCAACAGCUCUAGAGUCACCUUUCAACAGCCACAUGCCAAGGAUAUCUCCAAAGUUCAGAGAAUUGUCACUGCCAGUAAAUCACCCAUGAACGUCAGUGUCAUAAGGAGAGAGAAUGGUGGAGCCAAAGAGUGCCAGAUGGAAAAGACUGGGAGUGACUGCUUCCAGAAUCAGACGGAGGAAUCAGCUCCAGAAAGCAGAAAGCUACCAGAGCAACAGCAGGAAAAGAGCCAAGUGCAGAGUGGAAAAUUCAACACAAAGCCCACACACGACAAUGACGAGGCAGAGGGAGGCAGCAGCAAAAAGACAAAGCCCCAUAAAUACAACUGAGAGGACGGCAUAUCAACGGGAGCACAGAUCUACUGCAUUGCCUGAAGGAUCUUUCUAAGAGCACAUACUCGCACACUUCUACAAAACGCAUGCACACACACACAGACACACACUCACUUUUUCGACACACAUGCACACAUGCGCAUAUCAGCAUCGUUAGCAAGAGCUGAGACACUGGAAUUGUCAACAAAUUUCAAACUGUCAUCUAAAAAAACCUCCAUAGUAAAAUGGCAUGCGUUUAGAAAUUUUUUUCAAAGGUAGCAAUGGCACUGGUAACUUGUUUCAUGAUCGUUCAUUUGUUGUUUACUUAUCUGAGUUUUGUUCCGAGUGAGGACACUGCUUUCUAAAUGUGUGAUCUUUCUAGAAAAUCCCUUUGCACUGGUGAGGUCUGACACUGUAUCCUGUGAUAAGUAUAUCAAUUGACAAAUAAAAAAGUACUCCUACCACUACUAUUACUACUACUACUACUACCCAACUUAGAAUAUUGUUUGUCACUCAUUGUAGCAAGGUUAAUUUACUCCUCCACAUUUUGAAAUAUAGAGGCUCAAGUUGGCUGGCCAACUGUUCAACAUUUAAUAUUUCAGCACUCUUUCUGCCUUUAACACUCCAGAGGCAAAGAGCCAAAGACUCACAAUGGGUCGUCUCCCUGAGAAUGUGCCAUGCACUGAGUAGUAACUCCUAGCUACAUGUAUCUGUGUUAUCUGACCUUUCUGUGUCCUUUCAAUAAACUGUAAUUUUCAGUAAAUGUGUGAAGAAUAAAUGGUUAUUUGUGGGAAAGAAA